CUGACCCAACGACGCGUCCUGAUGACGUCACGCGUGAAUUAAAGUUGGACAGUCGGGUUCUUGCAGUACUCAAAGAAAAAGGACAACAAAGCGCACUUUAAACAAUUAAAACAACGACUGUGCUUAAUUGGCGACAUUUUAUCCAGCGAAGUGAAGAUACUUGUCGACAGGUUGACCAGGUCUGUCCAUCGAAAGAAUGGUGUCCACUCCUCCAAACAACUUCUCCUGGGUGGACCCGGGCAAAGUGGCCGCACUGGCCCUGCCCCGGAUGACUGCAGAGUACCAGUAUCUGCUGGACAACGGCAUCCGACAUCUGGUCUGCCUUUGUGAGCGCAAGCCCAACAACUACGACACGUGUCCACGGUUGCAGCUGCACCACAUCAAGAUCCCAGACUUCACUGCUCCUUCGCCCAGUCAGAUUGACAAAUUCCUCUCCAUUGUGGAAGACGCCAACGCCAAGGGAGAAGCUGUGGCCGCCCACUGCAUGCACGGCCACGGCAGGACUGGGACCAUGCUGGCCUGCUACCUGGUCAAGACCAUGAGGAUCUCCGGCAUCGAAGCCAUCGAGGAGAUCCGCCGACUGCGCCAAGGCUCCAUAGAAACCAACGACCAGGAAAAAGCGGUGGUACAGUUUUAUCAACGCAAUAAAUAGUUUAGUGUUUGAGGGCUAAAGUUUACAUCCAAAAGUCAUAUUUUAACAAUACAUCAAGGACGGGGAGGAAAAAUUGAUGCUAAAAUCCAAUGUUGGCUACUUUGCAUAAACCUAAACCUAAACAGACGCUGUCGCUCCGUAAACAUCAGCUUCCUGCUCAAUACUUUUUUUUUUUUUCAUGUCUCAUCUUCUCAGGAAAGCACUAGAUCAGGGGUAGGGAACCUAUGGCUCUAGAGCCAGAUGUGGCUCUUUUGAUGACCGCAUCUGGCUCUCGGAUAAAUCUUAGCUGACAUUGCUUGACACGAUAAUCAGGAAUAAUUUUUCUGGCAAUCACAGUGCUAAAAAUAACGUGCAAAAUAUAAAACAUUCUCAUGCAUUUAAACCCAUCCGUCCGUUUUUCUACCACACCUGUUCAAGAAGUCGCGUUAAUGGUAGGAAGUAUUUUAUGUCACAAUGGGGGCGUCGUUCCCCCAGGAAGGUUGACGGACUACUCGGGACAUGGCAUUUAGGUAAAAACAUGAUUUAAUUUAAACCAAAAAAAAAGAUACAAACAAAAAUCGCUCACAGUGGAGGCACAACUUGAGCUAAGGAACAAAGCUAACGCAAAAACAGACUAUGAACAUAAAUCAAACAAAACUUACUUGGCAUGGCAUGAAGCACAAAACUAUGGCAAGGCAUGAAACAAGUCAGGACAGAGUAAGAAAAGAUCACAUUGACGCCAGGGCGACUGACUGGCAAAGACGAGCUUAAAUACUGCCUCUGAUUAGUGCUCGGGAAGCAGGUGAGCGGGCAUUUUGUCCACCAGAGACAGGUGGACAUAAUGAGUCACCAAGGAAACCAGACAAGGGAGUGGGAAAAAAACAGGAACUUAAAGAGUCCAAAGGACAAACAGCACAUAGCCAAACAAAAACAUGAUCAACAGACAUGACGUUUGAUUUAUUAUUGGUUAGCUUCAAAAUAACAAUGUUAUUAAAAAGAAUAAGAGACUUAUUAUACUCUAAAAAUGUUGGUCUUACUUAAAAAUUAGUUGUAUUCAGUGUUAAAAAAUAUGAUAUGGCUCUCACGGAAAUACAUUUUUGAAAUAUUUGACUUUCAUGGCUCUCUCAGCCAAAAAGGUUCCCGACCCCUGAUCUAGCGGGUGACUUUUCAAAUGACGCUACGUAUUAGCAGUGCUGCUACUUUUUGUAGCAACGCUUUUGCCGCAUAAAUGUUGAACAUAUUCCCACUUGGAGCCAAACCGCCGCCGGACGAUGGACCCCCUGCUGUUUUUCUUGGGAAUGAAUUCUUCCUCCUUUUGUUACCACCUUCUUUCUCUCGUAUUACCACCGUUAGCAUCUCAGCUAACGUUACCAUGCCGCUACCUGUCUGCUUUGCGGGAGCGUGCGACGUUGCACACGUUAAAGUAUGUAAGAAGGUGAACUUGUUUUAAGUCUCUGUGAGAAGGAGAGACAAGAAUGAGCGAGAAGAGCCUGUAGUGUAAUGCCCGCAGCUAAAAGCAACUGCGUGAGAAGGUAUACUCCAAUAUCACCAUAUAGUCAUUUUCUGUAUCGCACAGAGACAAACCCGCGUUUUUUCGUAGCCACAAAUGUGAAAUUAAUCUCCUUUAUUCUUCUCAUUAAUGGCGGCAAGGAUUUUUGUCUGGAUUUUUCUGGAGCGGUUCUUCUUGAACACAGGAGUCAAACUCAAGGCCCGGCCAGCCACACAUUUUAUUUGGCCCUGGAAACCCUGCACAUGAUAUGUGUCAAUAAAGUACUGUAACCAUUCUUACAAAAUGUAUUCUUUCUUUAAAAAAAUAUAUGUACUCCAUGUAAUCGCCAAAUGAAGUUAACUUAAAUAUUGUGUAAUUAUGCAAAAAUAUGCUAUCAAACAUUCAAACCCAUCCAUCCAUUUUCUACCGCUUAUUCCCUUUGGGGUGUCACGACUAGGACUUGGGCGUGGAUUGUUUUCCUAAGGCAAAGGAAAGUUGGCACGGCAAGACGUGAAUGUAAAUACACACUUUAUUUUAACAUUAACAAACUACAAAAAAAGAAAGCAAACAAAAGGCGCGCACAAUGGCGGAGAACAAACUUGACUAAUGAAAAACAAAAGACUAGCACAAAGGCAAUUAACUAUGAACACGAAACAAAAACACGUACUGUGGCAUGGCAUGAAGCAUGAACUACAAUAAACAGGAAUCUCAUGGGUAGCAGAGGUAGAUAGACCGUGUAAAAGAGGUGAUGUUGCCAGGACGAAGAACAGAAACAGACAGGCUUAAAUAAUAUUGUGGUGAUUAGUGAAAACAGGUGUGAGACAUGAGGUCAGGUGAAAACUAAUGGGUAGUCAUGGUGACAAAACAAACCAGGAAGUGCAAAAACAAGGAACUGAGUGGCCAAAAAACAAAUACAACAUGACUAAAACAAAACAUGAUCACAUAAACAUGACAUGGGGUCGCGGGGGGCUACAAUCGGGCGGAAGGUGCGGUACACCCUGGACAAGUCGCCAUCUCAUCGCAGGGCAACAUUCAAACCAUUUAAAAAAAAAUAGAAAUAAAUACUAGUAAUAAUGAUUUCAAAGCAAGUUAUCCAUCAAAGUGUACAAUGGAAAAGUAGCAAUAGAUUUCCAUAGUCAAAUUGUGAAAUUUACUGAGAUUUUUAGAGCAUUUUUCCAUAAAUUGAAAAAAAAAAAAAAAAAUGUUUACUGUAAUAAACUGUGGUGCCAUUUUGGCAUCUACAGUAAUACACCCAAAAAAAUCUGUAGUUGUUUAUAUACGGUAAAAAAAAACAAAAAAAACUUGCAGCUCAGGUGCCAGAAUUUUAGUGUAAAAUUGCAUUUUUUUUACAGUAAAAUUAUGGCAACUUAGCUGUUUUUAAAUCAUAAAAACAGCAGUAGGGUUUUUCCAUUUACCGCAAUAUACACUACAUUUUGAGGUCAAAUUAUUGCAACUUUUACAUUUUAGUUUAAAAAAAAAAUCUACUAAUAAAAUACUUAAAAAAUUGGGUAACACUUUAGUAUGGGGAACAUAUUCAGCAUUAAUUAGUUGCUUAUUAAAGUGACAAAGACUUAAUUUAGAGUUAUUUGGACACUAGGGGAACAUAUUAGGGUUAGAGUUACUAAUAAUCAAUAAUUCUGAGGUUAUUGAGGGAAGACCUAAUUAAUAGCCUACUGCUCGUAUAAUAAGACCAUGCAGAAUAAGUCAUUAAUAAGUACUUAAUAAUGACUAAUUAAGAGCCAAUAUGUUACUAAUUUACAUGUUUAUAAGCAAGUAAUUAAUGGUGAAUAUGUGAUCACCAUACUAAAGUGUCACCAAAAAUUGUGUAAUAAAAUAUUCACUGAAAUAGAACAAUAUGUAUUUUUAACAGUGAUGUCAAACCAUGACCACAUCAAAACAAAUCAAAAACAAAACGUCAAAUUAAAUAUUUAAAUGUCCUACUGUUGAUAUGUGAAAAUGUGAUAUCUGAAAUUAUCGGUAUCGGUUUCAAAAAAGUAAAAUGUAUGACUUUUUAAAACGCCGCUGUAUGGAGUGGUACACGACACGGACGUAGAGAGAAGUACAGAGCGCCGAUAACUGCCUUUGCGUGCCGACCCACUCACAUAAUAUCUACGUCUGAGUAAAUGCACGGCAUACUUGGUCAACAGCCCUACAGGUCACACUGAGGGUGCCCGUUUGAAUAACUUUAAUAUGCGCCACACUGUGGACCCACACCAAACGAGAAUGACAAACACAUUUCAGGAGAACAUCCGCGCUGUAACACAACAGAACAAAUACCAGGAACCCCUUGCAGCACUAACUCUUCCGGGACCCUACAAUAUAAACCUCCCCGCUACCUCCUAUGGCUUUCGCUUUGCAAAGUAGAGUUUUAACUUGCACUUACAUAUAUAGCGACAAACUGUAGUUACUGACAGUGGUUUUCUAAAGUGUUCCUGAGCCCAUGUGGUGAUGUCCUUUACACACCGAUGUUGCUUUUUGAUGCAGUACCGCCUGAGGGAUCGAAGGUAUGUAAUGUCAUGGCUUACGUGCAGUGAUUUCUCCACAUUUUCUGAACCUUUUAAAGAUAUUACGGAGCGUAGAUGGUGAAAUCCCUAAUUUCCUUGCAAUAGCUGGUUGAGAAAUGUUGUUCUUAAAGAAUUUGCUCAGGCAUUUGUUGACAAAGUGAUGACCCUCGCCCCGUCCUCGUUUGUGAAUGAGGGAGCUUUUCAUUGAAGCUGCUUUUAUACCCAAUCAUGGCACCCGCCUGUUCCCAAUAAGUCUUUGACGAGCAUGCCUAAACUUCUCUCAGUCUUUUUGGCCACUUGUGCCAGCUUUUUUGAAACGUUGCAGGCAUCAAAUCCCAAAUGAGCUAAUAUUUGCAAAAAUAAUAAAGUUUUCCAGUUGGAACAUGAAA